AUGGCCACUUCGACGACGACGACAACGACCAGUGGAGGAGGUGGAUCGCCCGCGGCAUCGUUGACGAACUUCUUCAACACCCAUCGUCGAGCGGUGCUCGUCACCCUCGCCGUCACGAUCGGGGCCACUGGUGCAUACUACUACAGCUCCUCGGCACCGAGUUCGGGUCGAGGUCGAGCAGGAUCGGCGGGACGAGGCUCAGCAUCGUCGUCGUCGUCGAACAAGAACGGCGGUGAGGGAUCGGGCAGUGGAAGCGGCGACGAGGCGGCCAAGAAGAGGAAGAAGAAGAGCAAAAAGCCAAAGACUCGCACCGCCACGCCCACCACAGCCGAUGAGGGCACCUCCAACACCUCUUCUUCCCAGCUCGGCAUCCCUUCUCCCCAGGGUGAAGGUGGAGAGCAAGGUCGGUCAGCGAAACACGGCAUGGCGCUGCGCCGCCGGGGGUUACCCUCACCCUUACCGAGCUCAUCUUUCCGAUAUCACACUCCACCCAGACCCCUCUGAAGCAGAUAUUGAGAUCAUGGAUCCAGAGGUGAGCGGUGCAGACACAAGACGCUUCGACGCAGCGCAAAGCAAAGCGCCAGCGCCGACACUGACACUCGUCCAUCUCUGCUUGCAGCAACGAACCAAACUCGCCCUGACGCUCAAAGCGAAGGGUAACAAGCUCUACUCGGGCAAAAAGUACAGCGAAGCGAUCGCAUGCUACUCGCGGGCGAUCGCCUGCGAGGAGCAAGCCGUUUUCUACUCGAACCGAGCCGCCUGUGCGUACCUCACUCUACGGCUGCGUUGGAUCCACAAGCUGACCUGAGAUACACGCUACAAUUGAGAACAGGCUACACCAACUUGAACGAGCAGGAGAACGUCAUCGAGGACUGCACCUCGGCGUUGCGACUGGAUCCGAGCUACAUCAAAGCCCUCAACCGACGAGCGACAGCUCACGAAUCCAUCGGGGGCAUCGAUCACCUGUACCAAGCGCUGUGUGGUACGUAUUGCAUUGGCGGGAGAAAGUCCCUUCGGAGAGGAAUGCAUGGCGCUGACUAGGACACGUCUGGUCUCCUUUACCCUGCGCGCAGACUUCACCGCCGCGGCCAUCAUCGACAACUUUUCGACCGAAUCGACCCAAGUCUCGGUCGAACGCGUGAUGAAGAAGUUGGCGGGUGAAAAGGCGACGAUCGCGCUCAAGGACCGGGAGCCCCGAUUGCCGUCACCUACCUUCAUCAAGGCGUACCUCGAGGCAUUCCGACCUCGUGAGUCCUUGAGCUAGAUCAACGGCCCCUGCGGUCCAUGCGCUGAUCUUGUCCUGGUGUACAGAACCCGACCCCGAGGACCCCGAGGACCCGUCUCAAGGUGACCAAACCCUCAAGCUCGCCUUUGAGGCCUUGCACGCCAAGGACUUCGUUCACGCCCUGAGCUAUUUCAACGAGGCGAUCGAGCAAGGCAUUUCGACCAACGAGGGCAAGGCCGCGGCGCUCAACAUGCGUGCCACGUUCCGUUUCAUCAUGUCCGACGCACCUGCCGCUUUGGUCGACCUCGACGAAGCGACGUCGCUUUCGCCGACGGGCACGCAGAGUUGGGUCAAGAAGGCGAGCGUGCACAUGGAGCUUGGGCAGCCGGAGGAGGCGUUCCGGGACUUUGACAGAGCGUCAGCCAUCGACCCCGAAAACGCUGAUGUGUGAGUGCUGAUGAAGUUCAAGGUUCAACCUUAUCGGCUGCAACUACUGAUGUACGCGUUCUCCCAGUUACUACCACCGCGGCCAAGUUUACUUCAUCACCGGUGAAUUCGACAAGGCCAUCACCGAAUACCGUCGUUCAAGCGAGAUCGACCCGAGCUUCAUUUUCUCCCACAUCCAACUCGCAGUCGCAAACUACAAGAACGAGGCCGUCGAGAAGGCGAUGCACCAGUUCCGCAAGUUUCUCAAGGACUACCCCAGGAGCCCCGAGGUGUUCAACUACUAUGGCGAGCUGCUGCUCGACCAGCAAAAGUAUGAGGAGGCGGUGCAGAACUUUGAAAAGUCGAUCCAACUGGAUAAGAACUCGUGAGUUUGCUCAGCCAUAUAUUGGCGAAUAGAUUGAGCAGUGGGUGUGACACAUAAUUGUCCUUCCCCCCACAGCGUCCCUCGCAACGCUCUGUACGUGACCAACCUCUCUCAUGGACCUUGCAGCUUUAUCCGUUGACUAACGAGCACGCUCGUCAUUUCGAACUCAAUAGACCUCUUGUCAAUAAGGCCUUGGCUGUCUUCCAGUGGAAGCAAGACUUUGCACAAGCGGAGAAAAUCUGCCGCGAGGCACUCGAGAUCGGUAAGUCCCCUCUUGCCUUUCACCUUGCUCGCCACAACCGUCUGACCCAGAAUGUAUAUCCCAUUGCCGUAGAUGAGCAAUGCGAUGUCGCCGUGGCUACUUUAGCGCAGCUCUUGCUGCAGCAGAACAAGGUUCACGACGCUGUUAAGAUGUUCGAGCUGAGCGCGCAAGUGAGCCGCACCGAACCCGAGCUGAUCAACGCCCUCACCUAUGAAUGCGUAAGUGCAGCAUUAUGAACUGUUACGGUUCACGACCGACUCACGUAUACACGAAUUUUCUUGUUCCACUCUUAGGCUACUCGAGCCCAAAUCGCUUUCAUCGACGCGUAUCCAUCCUACGCAGAAAAGGUAUGCGCGGGCUUGGCCCCAUUCCAUUGCCGGUGUCACAUAAACGAGUUGCUGACGUACCGCGAAUAUCUCUCGUUUCUCACAGCUCGGCUUGAACCGGAGUGCUCCUACCGCUUGA